GUAAAUAAGCGGCCCUCAGGUCAUCAUUGGCGCGUGACAUGAAGCAAGCUAGUCAUCCCCCCAUCUUGUUUACACUGCAUCGCUUGCUGACAUCCUCACGUAAUCUCAACAACUCAACGAUUUGCAGGUAUUACGCUACUUACCGGCUGGCUUGACCUUGGUAAGCGUAUUAUUGGAACUGAAUGAUUUCUCCAUAUUUACCUGUAACAUUUGUGCUACUUAAGCGAGAUCAAUAUUCUGCGUAUUCUAGAAGGUGCUGCCGAGUUACAAUCCUUUUGUAGCACAACUUAAGAUCGGGUAAAGUUUCCGCACAGCCCCGUUCUAUUGUAAAACAAAUCUGUUUUCCCAAUGGUAAUGUAUUGUUUUUGUCAUUGUUUUCUCUGUUCAAGAACUGAAUGCAUAAUGUACGAUGGGGCUAUGCGGAAAUUUUACCCGAAUUCAUGUCGGUCGAAGUCAGAUCUAUAAAAACUUUGUGGCUCGAUUGCGUGCGAAAUUAGCCGGCGAAGAUUGUCAACUACACAGAAGACUGUCAGUCCUCAGGUGCUUAAACUUAAUACAUCUCUGACAUUCUACAUGUCCAUUGCUGUACAUGUGCCAGUUACAUGUACAUAAGUACAUGUCAUUAAUGCAAUUAGGUAAAACUACAGAUUUUAAUUACACAUCCUUUUAAGUUAUGCCUCGUUCUUCAAAGCAUGCUGACAAUUAUUAGCUGGACCUCAUUGGCCCUGUUUUGUUUAGUUGCUCACAGAACUAAAUUGCCUAGUCCCUAGAAUGACUAAGAGUGCAGAAAUGAUAAUUUUAAGUCUUUCUCCAUGGGCUGUUGGGUUAAACAGGAGUAAACAUCAAUUUCUAUUUUAAUGAAAACUAUAACAAAAUUGUCAAACACAAUCCGUUAUCACCAGCCCGAUUUGAGCACUUAUAGGACAGUGUACACAUCAUGCUUGUAAUUGGACAGUGUAAUAGGACAGUCAAAGGGACAGUUCACACAUCAUGUCUGUGUAAGUGGACUCUGAACUGUCACGUGCACGUGCUGUUGUCUCACAUUUUGCUUAGAUAGCUAUUGUAUUUUUUUAUGAAAAUGUAUAACCGAUUCUAGUUUCUUUCUCAAAUUUUGUCAGUUUUGAUUAAUUGGUAACAGGAAAUCGUAUCGUCCAAUCAUACUCAUGAUUAACAAAUCAGACUCCUGCUUCACAGUCGUAUGAUUUUGUCAUUCGGUCAUAUGAUUACUGACUGAAUUGGACUUGGUUCUAUUACCAUUAUAUAUCAUAGGCUGAAUACACACAUUUUGAUUGAUUAGUAUGAUCUUUUGAAAGAAGGAUGCACAGAUGACAUCACCAUAAACAACAUUGUAUUUUAUUGUAUUAAACAAAUAGAUUCUAUGUUGUUGUGGUCUGUACAGUAAUAGAUAACAAAAGACAUCAAAAUGUAGUUAGAACACCAAUGACACACUCAGCAGUGCCUUGCAUGCCAUUUUUUCCCAAAUCUUGCCACAUUUUGUCAUCAGCUGUGAUUUAUUACCAAACAGACACAUGACAGCAUGAAAUCUAUUUGUUAACCCUUUAACUCCUAAGAUCUCACAAGUAAUUCUCCUUACUGUCUGCCAAAUGAUUCUCAUUGCAUUAAUUUGGAGAAUUUGGUAUCAGAUCAAUUAGUAAUCCCAUGAUUGAUAUUUUCCUUUAUUCUCAUCACUUGCUUGCAUGAUAUUGUAUAGAUGUUGUAAGGAGAAAUUCUGUCUUGAUCAGUCACAGGAGUUAAAAGGUUGGGCAGUAUACUUUGACCUUAGCUUUGUUCUUUUUCAUUGCAGAUUUUAUCUUAGUUUUAGUAAAAAUGGAAGUAUGUGUUGAAGAUGGUUCAAUCAAUUCUGAAGCUGUGACUUCCCAAACUCAAUCAGAGAAUUUUGUUGACAAUGGAUGGGCUUCUUUUCCUGAGGUUGCCAAGAGGGAAGAAGUAAAAAGGGUAGGUUACAUUUUGCAACUGAUCAAUGAAAUCUUUUACACCUGUUUCUCUAAAAUAUCACAUCUGUAAUCUGUUUUUUUGGUGAAGGUACUGAUUGACUGUGGUUUUGUUUCAUUUCAUACAGAAACAAAAUCCUGAAGAUAGAGCCAACUUUCUCUCAAGGCUCACAUUUUGGUGGUUUAACUGGUGAGAAUUUUUGUAUGAAGUGUUAUUGUUCAUGUGAUCAAAUUAUCUAGAAUGUGCUAUUAUACAAUCUUGAAAGGACUACUGUAGUCCUCCAUGAUUGAGGUUUUUACAAGAAAUUAUCAAAGACUUGAUUCAUAUUGGACGUUAUCUAUAAAUUAGAGAAUUCUUCGUCUGCAGAUGUGAAUCCUCUUCCCUUGGUCUGAACUUUGUGCACCAAUGUCAAUGAAAAUAGUCAAUAACUUUAAUUUUUCCAGGAUUAUAUCUACUGGUUACAAAAGACCGCUCAAGGACAAGGAUUUAUGGGCCUUGAGGAGAGAAAAUCAAGCAACAUAUAUUGUCCCAAAACUGAAAACGAAAUGGACAGAACAACAAGUGAAAUGCAGAAAAAUGUAAGAAACCAGAUAAAGUGUACUGUAAAAUAAUGUGAAAACUCAAGUCCUGGCUUCUUGUAUGUUUACUGAUCAUCAUCCUUGAGGCAAAUAAUUGGGUGAGAAGGAAAUAACAUGGUGGUUUUGACUGGAUGUGAAAGUUCACUUGAUGUGCCAGAGAGUCAUAACAACUUUUGUGCACAGUUGUAAUCACCUUUUUAUCUUCCUUUUGUCUUAGUUUUUCCCUUUCAGUUGGUAUUAUGAGGAUGACUGAUCUUUAGUUCUGUUUGUGUCACCUUGGAGACACACUGCCAAAAGGAAGAAUGGUUCUUCUUUCUUAACAGCAAAUGAAGCUGAUUGGAUGUAAACAGGAAUGGAACCCUUAUACUGCAAAAAAAAAAGGAAUUACCAAGAUUGUGUCCUUGCAUUUAUGCCUAUUCUGUUUCCUUCAGAAUUCUGAGUCUUAUUGCCCUUUGUUCCUUUUCAUUCCCCCUCAUUUCCCACCUCUCAGCCAUCAACUCUCAACUCCUAUUCCUCAGCUGUUGUAUCCAUCUCUACAUCCCUUUCACCAGGGCCCAACCUGUUGCUCUCAAAACUUCCCUUUACCUUCUGCCCUCUUCCUCUCCUCACCUCCUAGUUAUGACUGUUACCUCACCAAUAAGCACUGACUCAUCACUCCUCACCCUUCAACUCUGACUCUUGACCUUUUCCCCUUUAUUCUUGACUCCUAACCCUUUACUCAUCACACCUGAGUGCCCAACUCUAAGUUCUAUCCACUUUUCUCUACUUCUAAGGAGUUAAUGCAGCUAAUUAUAAGAACCCCUUCAAAUUGUUUAAGGUUGAGCAUCAAAGAAUGGUCUCAUGGGACAUUGCUUGAUUUUUCUGUCAAUUAUUUUUAUUUGAUUUUGAUUAGAAACUCAGGCAGAAGAAGUCAUAAAGAUGAAGAUGAAUACAAUGAAAGUGAUAGACUAUUGGAUGAUGAGAGUAGCCCUGAUGAGAACGUUGAAAAUACCCCAACAAGAAAAGAGGAGAAAAAGCCUUCUCUCAGAAAAACACUGGGAAGCCUGUUUGGGUUCAAGUUUGCCCUUGCUGUCUUUUGCAAGCUGUUGCAUGAUUUGCUCAUUUUCGUCCAGCCUCAGCUUCUAAAGUAUAGUGUUCCCUUUCAUUUGAUUUGUCAGACAAAUGUAAUAAACCUAGACUCAGAAUCUAAACUGGUGAAGGUAGAUGGAUGAUUUUUACACAAUCUUUUAUUUUCAUUCAAUAAGUGUGCUGCUUUGUUUUUUAGAUUUGCAUAACAUUUUCCAUCAUAUUUAGUCAUGCUAGAGAAAGCACUGUCCGUCACCUCCCUCACACAAAAGAAUUAAAUGAGAGGCUCAAGAUUGCAAGACUUUACUGAAUGCAUAGAAUAUGCCAAUAAUGAUAACAUGAGAAAUAGUAAGAAGAGUAUGGUGAUGUAGUUCGAAGGCAGAUAUUCCCAAUCCUUUGUCUCUAAUUGACAGUAAUUUAUGUUAUUGUAGCUAUUUAAAAUUUUUAAAGAACUGUUUAAUAAUUUUUUUAGAUUAUUAGUUGGUUAUACUGAAGACAAGGAUGAUAUGUUUGGUCCAUGGAAGGAGUGGAAGGGUUAUGCAUAUGCAGGAGCCAUGUUUGGAGUAGCUGCUAUUCAGUCAUUGGCACUUCACCAGUAUUUCCAUAUUAUGCUACAGAUUGGCAUGAGAUUGCGCACAGGCAUCAUUGGUUUGGUUUAUGAAAAGGUAACUGAGAUACUUGUGAGUUGGAAAAUUUAAAUGCUGAGAUAAGUUUGUUUGUUUUCAUGGUUUCUGCUAAUCAUUCUUGUAGAUGCAGGAGUGAAGUAUGUUGGUAAAUAUUUGAGAGUGCGAUUAAAAAAAGAUUGCAUCUUUCAUUAUUUCCUUUUAUUACAUCAUAUCGCUUAAGUUUUAAGUAGAAAACUAAACUUACAACCCAGCUCCCAGCUGGCUUGUUAGCUCAGUUGGUAGAGUGCUGCACCAGUAUUGUAGAGGUCAUGGGUUCAAAUCUCUUACAGGCCUGAAGGGGGUAGGGGGCAAGGCAAGAAGACUCCACCCUCUUUCAACCCUUUUUUGACCAACACUCACCCCCUUGCUAUAAAUUUCUUUCUCUCCCCAGUUUUCCACUGUCUAAAAUACGAAAUAUGGCAACUAUAAUGUUUACCAACAAAAUAUUAAGCGCUUGCUCACCGAAAUUAUGUGCAGGCUUGAAACACAUAGAGACAAGUAGAGCUCACAUUAUAUUCUUUUGUGUGUAUUUCACAGGCUCUAGUAUUGAACAGCAAGGCUAAAGGGAAGACAACAGCAGGUGAGCUUGUGAACCUGAUGUCAGUGGAUGCACAGCGCCUGAUGGAGCUCACGACUUACAUAAACUCAUUGUGGUCAAGUCCACUUCAGAUCGCUGGUUCUCUGUACUUCCUCUAUAAUACUCUUGGACUCUCCAUUCUGGCUGGACUAGGGGUCAUGCUGCUAGUUAUUCCAAUAAAUAUGUUUUUUGGAAGUAGAAUGAGUACUCUUCAGGUCAGUUAACAAACCAGUUUAUGUCAGAAAUUGCACACCUUUAAUUUUGUUGUUUUCAACAAGCACCUCAAGUGUUGUGGUAGAUUUUUAAUAAUAUUGCUACUGUCAUAGUUUCCUUGAACAUCUUUGCACUGUCAUUUUGCUGUAGAGCACACACUUUAGUUGCUAAAAAGAGUAUGGAUGCCUCAUGUUCCAAUCCGAUUUCACGGCAGAUAGAAAUACAGGUUUAGUGGUGCAGGUUUAUAUAAAGGCUCGAUUACCAGCUACUGUUUGGGAAUAUGAGCCUGCGCUCCUGACCCCCUCGAACCCAGGAGCAAAGACCAGCCACGAGUCUAGUUUAUAUACUGCAGUGUUUGAUCUAGGACUUCUAUAGCUGAUGUUAAAUAAAAAACACCAAUCCUCAUAACCCCCUUAGCAAACAGCUGUGAUGUUACAGUUUGAACAGCCUUAUGGUAACAUGGCUUUAGGCAUCUGCCAUCAAAAGUGGCUACAUUUUCUAUUGAGUAGCUUAGACAUACAGCCUAAAUUGUCUUGGGUAACCUGAAAUUUUAAAUACUUAGCUGCGCUUUUCGUUUUGACAACUGAAUUAAAGAGGUUGACUGAAACAAUUUAUGCAAUUGGUAUUCCUCGUUAUUUGAAGGAGGUUGCAAAAUGAACGAUUUUUGAAAUUAUUCUAUUUUAAACGAACCUUUAGGUAAAACAAAUGAGUGAGAAAGAUGAAAGGAUUAAACUGAUGAAUGAAAUUCUCAGCGGAAUAAAGGUAAGUUUCUGCAACUUAGGGUCACGAGAACAAAGGAAAUUUCACCCACUAAGGGUAAGAUUGUGAAACAAAUUCUCCUUGUCAGCACCUUACGAAUUGUAUGGAGAACAGUAAGGAGAAUAUAAAUACUGAUGUAAGGGUGUUAACAGUAAAUAAAUCUAAUGGGACGGUCAUUGUCUAAUUUGUGAAUGAAUUGAAAGAGAAAGUUAGUUUCGAUCCAUCAGUCUAUAAAAACAACUGCGAUUUCUCGUCUUGAUUGAUAUUAUUGUUUGUUUCCAGGUCCUCAAGUUCUAUGCUUGGGAGGAGUCCUUCAUGAAAGAGGUGGAAACGAAACGUAAAAAAGAGCUAAAGUACUCGAGGAAUUCUGAUUUCUGGGCGGCAGGGUUUAUGUUUACGUUUGGCUGUGCACCGACAUUAGUAAGUUGCAAAUCAAGAUUUUUCAGGUUUUCUUUUUUCAAAACCCAAACGAGUAAAGGGAAGCAACGCUAGCGAGCGUUGUAAAUCAUUUUUAAUUGAGUGUAGGAAUGUAAUAAAAUAUGUGUCUAUUGUUCAUCGUGGUGUAACAGUGAGUGAGUGAGUGUAGGAAGUAAUCCGAGAUUACAUUUCGUUGCUCUGUGAUUGGUUGAGAAAAUUCGCGCCACUCUCAGCCAAUCAGAUUCAAAACUAACACCAAUUACGACUUGGUCGCCCGCGUUUUCCCGCGCUUUAGAUGGUUUGCUUAUUUUUAUUUUGAGUUCUCAUUGGCUCUUCUGGCGAUAAUUCUCUCUCUUCUGAUUGGCCGUUGUAGUUGCUUUGGAUUUGAUUUUAUGACACUCAAUCAAAAUAAAUAAACAAGAAUCAAACAAACUAAGAUAAAGUGUAGAGUCAGCCAGUAACACGUUACAGUGGAACAUACCUAAGUGAACUUUUUUAUGCUCUACUUUCCAGUACAAUUUUAACUCACUUUUAUUUCUUACCACAUAAACAACUUAACUCAACCGAAUGAUCAGACUACGCAAUCAAAUGUACUCUUAAACCAUUUUUUUAUGUAAUGUAUGUCAAACAACAAAAAGUCUUCAAUUCAUAAUUACAGCCGGACAGUUGCUUUUUAGCGAUUGGUCAAACCGAGUAAAUGUUCUUCUAAACCGUUGUGUGCAUCUUUUUUUUUUCUACUUUCUUCAGGUGGCAGUCACCACAUUUGCCAUUUAUGUAAUUACUGGCAAUUUGCUAACAGCUAGUAAAGCCUUCGUUGCCUUGGCGCUUUUUAAUGUGAUGCGAUUCCCACUUGUCAUGCUUCCUAAUGUCAUCGUUUCUUGUGUUCAGGUAUUUCAAGUACUUAACCCUCUUUUGUUGUUGUUCUCUUUCUAAUUAGUAACUCACAUCAACAAAAUGACCCUCAACAAAAUGACCCUUUGAAUGUACGGGAUCCCGUACAGGCCUGAAUUUUUUUCAGGCCUUCUUUUCACCACUACUUAAGUAGUGUUCAUUACUGCGAAGUUCGCUUUCACAUUCACGUCUUUAACCGCAGUUCAAAUAUAUGACUUCCAUAUAUUCACAACCGUUUAAAAUGACCCUUUCUUUCACCGAAGUUUUUAAAAGUGACUUUAACUCAGAGUUUUGAAACAUUAUCCGCAUAGGAAUUUACCGGAGGUUUUCUUGUUUUUGUUUGUUCAUUUGUUUGUUUAACAGGCAAGGGUAUCUCUGAAAAGGCUGCAAGAUUUUCUUAACCUAGAGGAACUGGACCUCAACAGUGUCCAAAGAACAACAUGUAAGAUUUCCUGUUCAGCUUGUUGUCAUUUUAAGAUAACCAUUCAAUGAACCGUUCGUCAACUUUUUCAAUGGUUACCUGCUAGCAGGGACUAAUGAUCUGAAGAAACAGAAUAACUGAACGAUCUGCUCAGUGAAAAGGAGAGAGGGCGAAAAUUGGUUUUAUUAUCUUAUGAGUGACAGAAAGGACGGAAAUAAAGUAACACUGAAUAUUUUAUUUCACAGUGUCGUCCUCUGCCGUGUCUAUCGAGAAUGGUACAUUUACGUGGAGCAGCAGAAAUGCACCUGUGUUGAAAGAGUGAGUUUUGAAAAUUAACGGCGAGUUGCCGACAUUUGAAGAUGAUACGUACCCUGAAAGAGCAUUACAUGUAAAUAGCUAAUGUUUUCUAGACCGGAAGUAUCUCCAAACGGAAGUAAAACCGUCUCCUACAAAUGCGCGCAAUUGAUGUGAAAGUAAAUGUGAAUUAUAAAAGGCAAUGAAUUAGUAUAUGUUUAUUUGGUAAUAUGUAACUGGUUACUGCAAUGUAGACGAUUUGCGGUUCCUUUUGAGACGUUUGUUGGUUGAAACUUAGCUAGUGAGGGUUUUAUUUUUCCAGGGUGUCAUUGCAAAUUCCUAGUGGCUCACUUGUCGCCAUAGUCGGGCAGGUUGGAUGUGGGAAAUCUUCCUUACUUUCUGCCUUCCUUGGAGAUACCGAGAAAGUGGAGGGAAUUGUCUCUGUGGAGGUGAGAACUCUGUAGGACGUUGUUCAAUUAUUUUUCAAAGGUGAUCAUGGAUUGAGUUAGUUUUACAUUGCUUUACUCUCGCGUGAAGCUGAACCCGGGGCAAAUUGCCAAUAGCAAUUGCCGAUGUGGUCACUUUCGCUUUUUUCUGCGCUUGAAGCGGUUUACAUCCCGUCUUCUUGUAUUUCGUAUACUUUCAGGGAUCCGUGGCGUAUGUUGCUCAGCAAGCCUGGAUACAGAACGCAACUUUACGAGACAAUAUUCUGUUCAGCAAAGCCAUGGAUUCUGCACGCUACGAAAACGUACUUGACUCGUGUGCUUUGAGACCUGACCUGGAAAUUCUUCCUGCUGGUGACUCCACAGAAAUUGGAGAGCGAGUAUGUUCUUUUGUUUCUUUUCAAAGGCGCUAGGAUUCUCAACAGACCUCCCUCAGUCCAAAAGGGCGUCUGAACAUUAAAACCAAUAUAAUUCAAAGUGCACACAUUUAUAACAACACCAAGGUAGGCACACUUUGUAAGCUAUCCAAUUCCUUAGACUAUGGCUCGACACAUGUUUUGGGAAAAAGAACCAAAAUGAUUUUUAAAAAAUGAUGAGACUUCCACGUUUUCUAUGAGGUAUUUACCUUUUAUUCCCGUUGAUGUCAACUCUAUUGUUCGUGACUCCUGAUGCUUUCCUACGUAUUUGAAAAUUUCAUUUUGUUUUAACCAUUUCCUUUUCUCCUCCUUUUAGGGUAUCAAUCUAAGUGGUGGACAAAAACAACGUGUAAGCUUAGCUCGUGCUGUGUACUUCAAUGCUGAUAUCUACUUGUUGGACGAUCCGCUCAGUGCUGUGGACUCACAUGUUGGAAAACACAUAUUUGAGAACGUUGUAGGGCCUCGAGGAAUGUUAAAAAACAAGGUUUGCUAGAGUUCGUGUUUUAGAGCUUGCAGGCUCAUUCCCUGGGCAGCGUUAUAUGUUUUGCGAUCAGUACUUCAUUUUAAGUGUUAGAAGGCAGGCGGGCUCAAUCCCACGGCUAGUCUGUGUAUUAACUGCCCUCACAAUUUGAUUCAAGGAAUUUUGAGAUUAUUAGUUCGCCCUUUAUAGUGAAUUCACUGUAUAUUGAGACUUGUUAGUUCCCAAGUGUUUGAUUAUUGUGAAGUUCGCCUUUUUUUUUUUGUUUUGUUUCUUUACAGACUCGUUUGCUUGUUACUCACGGAGUUCAUUUUCUUCCACAAAUGGAUCAAAUUAUCGUGCUCAAGGAUGGAAGAAUUACCGAGGUUUGUUUAAUGUUCAUCUUUAAUGGCAUUGCACAUGGAGAUAAAUGAAAGCUCGUGUGCCACAAAACAUCAUAAAUAGCACUCGUCGAACGGGAACGGUCUCUCGUGCACUUGGGUAAAAGUAAUGAAAAAAAAUCUCACGGUGGCAAAAUCAAUUAAUUUUUGGCAAUGUUUCAAAGGUUGGUUACAAAAAACGGACCCUCUAAAACGCAUAACUGAAAGGAAGGACUACGUAGCCAUUGCUGCCUAGCAAAGCACAUAAAAAUAAUCCAUUUUUUUGCCAUUAAAUUGAAAGGCGUCCAACAGGAAGCUCAAUGGCACCGGAGGCUCUCGCCAAUUAAGCCUUACACAAGAACUAAGCUAUUCUCCCCAUAAUUGUUGAUAAUUUUUUGUUUCUUUCCAGUGCGGUACUUACUCAGAUUUGAUGGCCAACUCAGGAGCCUUCGCGGAACUCCUAGAAACCUACUCAUCAGAAAACCAUUCUUCAGACAACUCAACAGGUAAAAAAAGAUGGCUUUUUCGUCAAGGGAGGAGGGGAGGGGCACGAGGUUUUCAUUUCUCCCAAUAUUUAUUAACCUGGUUGUUAUGAUUUCUCUUUUAUCACCUUUAAUCCAAAGUGCUUUUGCUGCAUUUUUUAUUUACUUCCACGAUUAUGGUUUAUCAGGUCUAAGGGAGAAACAUGUGGUUUUAUAACCAAGGCGUGAAACUCGAAUUUUAGAAUUAUUCGCCUUGACUUGCUCAAAUUCCUUUCUUACAUUUUUUUGUUUAUGUGUGUGCUAUUGUUUUUUGUUCUAGAAAAUGAGGAACAGGGAUCAGUUGCGAAGGCUAGCUCCAAAGCAAGCAGUUCUAAUGUUAAGGAAGUUGGUCAGAAGGAUAAAAACGACGAUGAGGACGAACUGGGAAAAAUGAUUGAGGAGGAACGCUCAGAGACUGGAACAGUGAGUAAUUAGAUGGAGAGCUUUAUGCACAGGUUGCCGACCAGGCGUUCACCUACGGGUGAAGAAUUUUUGAGAGACCUGCCAUCGUUUCAAUAUUUUAUUCGCUAGUGAAUUAUUUUUGUGAUUCUUUAUUUCAUCGGUGUAAUUAUUCGUAUAUGUUAUCACAUGAGGCCAAGUACUAUUAAGGAUUAAUUGCACGAGAGUUUUCAAAAUUUUCCAAAAUUUUGAAAACGCAAGUGCAAUUAAUCCUUAAUAGUACGAGGUCUCAUGAGAUUACUUGUUUAUCAAUAAAGGGCAAAAUUUAUACGAAGGAAAAUCACGCGCGCAGUCUAUUUUUAUCUGGGAAGCCUGUUUAGCGCUACGGCAAAUCAUCAAUCAAAUUGAACUGACCAAUCGAUUCAAUGAAAUUUUAUUCUCCAAAACUGUGUCGUGAUACACUGCCAAAAGUCUAGAAAACAAAGCUCAUUUCAACAGAGCGUUUCUGCCAACAGAAAAACAACAAAGUGCUUUUAACUGAACAAGGUAAUCAUGCCCUCUCUUGAUUACUAAAAAUGCCCUCGAUUGAGAAAAAAUGCCCUCUCUCUCAACCAAUCAGCGCUCAGUAAUUUUGCCCUUUAUUGAUAAUUACCGUUAUCACUGUCACUGUCAUUAUCGAUGUCACGAUUAUUAUCAGCGUCGUUGUCAUUUUCAUCAUCGUUAUUGUUUUCAAUUUAAGUUAUGAGUUUCAUCAUCACCAUCGUCAUUAUUAUUGUCAUCGUUAUCGUCAUUAUCGUUUCCAUUGUUAAUCGUUAUCAAUAUUGCUAAUAUUAUCCUUGUUACAGUCCCUGCCUUUGUCUUUACCCUCUAACUCCAACGAGUGACCAAGAAAGAAUUUCUCCUUACAAUAUCAAUACUAUAUCAAGCAGUCAAGUGAUGAGAAUAAAGAAAAUAUCAUUUAGGGGAUUAUAAGUGGCUCCAAUACCAAAUUCUCCAAACUAACCACUUGAGAAUUGUAUGGCAUAUAGUAAGGAGAAUUGCUAAUGAGAUCUUGGAGUGGAAGGGUUAUAAGUAUCAGUAAUGUGACUUCUCGCAUCGUUUUAGGUCAAGUUCGCAGUAUUCUUCUCCUAUCUCAAGUCCGUGGGCUGUUGCGCUUCUUUUCUAACCAUAGUAUCCUUUCUCCUGAUGGAAGCCUGCACAGUAGGGACAGGAAUAUGGCUGGCUUACUGGAGCUCGGCAAAUGUCACUACAGACGAACAAAGAAACUUGUACUUGGGAAUUUACGGUGGCCUCGGUUUGGGUCAAGGAUUCUUCUCUUUCCUUGUUUCCAUUUUUUUCACAGUUGGAGCCAUGGGAGCAUCUCGAAGGUUGCACCGCAACCUUCUAGUCAACGUCAUGCAUUCACCAAUGAGCUUCUUUGACACCACCCCUCUGGGGAGAAUUGUCAACAGGUUCUCGAAAGAUUUGUACACUAUUGAUGAUACCAUACCGCGGUGUGUGACGAACUUUAUGUGGUGCUCACUCGAAAUUAUUGGAAUGAUCGUAGCGAUUAGUUACGCCACUCCGCUGUUUUUAGCUACGUUGCCUGUUGUUGCAAUUUUUUAUUUUUAUAUACAGGUGAGUGAAUCAAGGCGAAAAGAAAGCCUUGGGCCCACAUUUGCUGUGGCGAGUUUCCCUUGUUUUUAUAUGUGGAAGAAUGUGACCUGUUAUUUCUCCUGGUAGACUCUAAAUCUAGUGGACAACAAAAGUUGUCAUGAACAAAAUUUGUUAGCACCAAUUGCUUUAAUUACGUAACGAGAACAUUUUAGCAGUCUCAAAUUGAAUUCUACUCCAGCAAGUUUUUAUUAUAACAUAUACUAUUAAAUGCGUUUAUUUAAAUUCAAGUGCGGUUGCGUUGAUGGCUCGGUCGAAGAACAAGGCCAAGAAUGGAGAAGAUUGUAACAGAUUUCCAACAUAUAACGCUAACAUUUAGCCUAAAUUUAUCCAGCGUGUGUUAAUUGUAGUGUACAGUAUUUCUUUUCACCGAGAAUUAACUAAUUUUUCCCCUUGGUCAUUAUGUUGAGAGCAUUGAACUGUUUUAAUAUAUUUCUACAGAGAGUUUAUGUAGCAACUUCGCGGCAGUUGAAGAGGAUUGAGUCCGUCAGUCGGUCACCAAUCUAUAGUCACUUCCUGGAAACAGUGAACGGCGCCAGCACCAUUCGAGCAUAUUCUCAACAACGCCGUUUUAUCCUCGAUAAUUACUAUAGAACGGAUGAGAAUCAAGUGGCUUACUAUUCUACUGUAUCCUCAAACAGGUGAGGAAGAACAAGUAAAGGCAGAACUCGGAGGAUUCAUUGGAGUUUCAAAGCUGACGUUUCGAGCGUUAGCUCUUCGUCAGAGCGUGGAUAAAAGCACCUGUUCUGAGCGUCGUUUUCUUUUCUUUUUUUUUUUUCCAUGUAAGCUCUGUUGUGGCCGGGAUUGCUAAACUGACUCUAAUGUUAAUGUGAUUGGAGAUAGUGGAGUAGUUGUGGUUGGUCUAUCUUAGUUAAACGUCUUAACAUAUCUGCUCAUCCAUGUUUUGGACACUUAAAAGUCUUAUUUUAGUCUCUACGUCCAAGUGAUAGAGGUGUCAGUUGACAUUUUGUUUCACAAUAAAUGUAGGAAGACAAAGCUAGGGACAGAAAUUGGGUCCACUUGAUCCAAGGUGUUCGUUUUAAAUGUGGAUAAUUGAUACAUUGUUUUCAUUGUCUCCACAGGUGGCUCGCAGUUCGUCUUGAAUUUCUCGGUAACUGCUUGAUAUUAUUCGCUGGGUUAUUUGCUGUCUUAAGCAGAGACAAAAUCAUGAGUGGAUUGGUGGGAAUGUCGUUAACGUAUUCGUUAGAGGUGAGUACAUUGGCUAAGCUUGGAUGCGGUAAAAAAAAAAAGGGAUCAAAAAUUUGCCUCGCUCCCAACGUGAGGCUUCCUAGCUCCGUCGAUAGUAGCGCGCGACUAGUCCGCUUUGGGAGGCAUGGGUUCGAAUGUGAGGAUCAUUUCUUUGCUUGUAAGUGAACAUACCGAUACUAAACCAUAGCACAAGCUGAACGCGUUGUUUCGCGCACUUGGAAGCUUGAACGGCACAUUUGUCUAAAGAAGUUAUGAAUUUGUCUAGAUUUAUUUUCUUCUCUUGUGUUGUCUUUAGAUUACGGAAACUCUCAAUUGGGCAGUGCGCAUGACAAGUGAACUAGAAACUCAACUUGUUUCCGUUGAAAGAGUAAAAGAAUAUUCAGAAACAGAUACAGAGGUAACUAAUGAUAAUAAUAGCAAUAAGAAUUUAAAACUAUUAAAUUGUGAGCUUAAGGGUUUUAUUGCGUGAUGAUUAAAGGUUUCUCAAGAAUUUAACUCAAAAUGGUUUAAAACUAGUUUGAUUUGUAGUUUUCUUUGUUCCCGGUAAACUAUUAUAAUUCUCUUAGAAAAGGAAAAUACAAAUAAACAUGGCUAGAGGUCAAUGAUUUCUAUUUUAAACUGAAACAUAGCCAUUUGGUGAAUAGGCUGUAAGAGAUCAUUCAGUCAUUUUCUUUAUCCAUUCAUUUUCAAUCAUUACAUCAAUUAUUUUGUAUGUAGGCUAGAUGGAUCAUUCCAGAAAAUCGACCGCCAGACGACUGGCCAUUCACUGGACGGAUUAUAAUGGAACAGUUUGACUUGAAAUACAGAGAAGGAUUACCUCUUGUACUGAAACAGAUCAGCUGCGAUAUUAAACCAGGAGAAAAGGUACAGAAACAAGCCAGGGUAGAUCUAAACGGUUAAUCGUCCCACUAUGUUUUUUUAUUUUGGUUUCCUAUCACUAAUUAACAAGUAACUUUUCUUCUUUACCAUCUAUAUAUCACCCAGCAAGCAGGUAAUGAGAAUAAUCAAACUUAUCAGGUAGUUUUUGUUAUCUUGAUUUAAUACCAAAUUCUCGAUACCAAUUUACAAGGGAAUGUGUAGCAGCUAGAGGGGAGAAUCAACUAUCAGAUCUUGGGAGAUAAAGGGUUAAUGAAUACAGAAAUGUCAAAUAGUGAGGAAUGGUUCCUAGAUGAGGCUUUGUGGAUUAACUGGGUACUUUUUCUCUGUCUUUGGUGGAGAGACUAAAAUUACGAAGUUCGACUUUUGAAAUCGUUCUUGAUCUUAAGCUUUGCGCGUAAUGCAUUAUUGUUGACUGAAAAGCUGCUGUGGCUUACGUCAAAUUGUACAGUGAUGAUAUUGAGGGCCAGCGAACUGUAAACUUACACUUUGAUAUGCAUUUGACAGUGAAGUCUGAUCGUCUGGAUGAGUGAAGGCCUGAGCCCUUUAAAUCCGAUGAGUGACUAAGAUAGAAUUUCUCCUUAGAAUAUCAAUGCAAUAUCAAGCAGACAAGUGAUGAGAACAAAGAAAAAUAUUAUUUAGGAGACUACUAGUUGAUUCAAUAGCAAUUUCUCCGAACUUACAUCAUAAGAUAUGUGUGGCAGACAGUAAGGAGAAUUACUGAAGAGAGCCUUGAAUUGAAAGGGUUGAAAAGGCUACUGUCAAUAGCACUGGGUGACUAACGUUUCGACAACCCGAGCGGAAGUCCUAAUCAGAGUCAUGUUCAUACUAUUUACCCCACGCUCCUAUCCGGGUUUACGUUCAAUCAGGUUGUAAAAUAACUUCAUAUUUUAGUGUCCUUUUUUAAUUCCAACAGAUAGGCAUUGUUGGCCGAACUGGAGCGGGAAAGUCGUCAUUGACGUUAGCUUUAUUCCGUAUUCUGGAGGGAGCCGGUGGAAAAAUCACCAUCGAUGGUGUUGACAUCGCUACCAUUGGGCUGCAGGAUUUACGCUCGCGGCUAACCAUCAUCCCUCAGGUAAUAACACAGUAUAGGUAUACGUGUUUAAGCAAUAGACACGUGUACGGACACGUGUGUAUGCGAGAUAGGGUGGUCUAUUGAUUAGUACGCUGGACUCCUGAUUGAGGAACCUUGGGGCCUUCGGUCCCACAAGGAGAUGUUUUCAUAGUAUACGGAGGGCUGGUUACAAAUGAUCCAAAACUUGUGAUCCAAGAGCUUGCUGUUUUUCUCGAUCAAAUUUAAUUUUGUUUGUUGUUGUCUUUGCUGUUACUGUUAGUGCUAUUUUUUCGUAACAUAAUCCUUCUGAUUCUUGGCAUGAAUAUUGCAACAGGAUCCAGUGCUGUUCUCUGGGAGCCUUCGACUUAACUUGGAUCCUUUCAGGAAAUACACUGAUGACCAGCUAUGGCACGUGUUGGAAGUGAGUCACCUGAAGAACUUUGUCUCAGGGCUUAAUGAAGGACUUCAGUACACAAUUGCAGAGGGAGGAGAGAACUUGAGGUGAUUAACUUGACGAACUUUUUCUUUUAACUUUCUUACAUGUAAACAACAAAUUAUUCAUACUGGCUCUAUUCCACAGCGUUGGUCAACGUCAGUUGGUGUGCUUAGCGCGUGCGCUGCUUCGUAAAAGUAAGAUCUUGGUUCUGGACGAAGCCACGGCUGCGGUGGACUUAGAGACUGAUGAACUCAUUCAGCAAACGAUUCGGCGAGAGUUUGCUGACCGCACAGUAUUCACCAUAGCUCACAGGCUCAACACCAUUAUGGAUUAUGACAGGUCAGUAGCUUUUGCUCGACUUGUGAGUUCUGUUUUGAUUAGAAAGGGGUCUUCUCUAACGUCCGUGGUGAAGUAAGUGUAAAGUAAGUUCUUAGUAAUCUAAGACUUGAGAGUGAAUUCCUGCUCCGUAUCUGAAAAGGUCUCCCAGGAAUGAGCUAGUUACUUCGGCAUUUUGUGAUAUUCAGCUUUCUGUCGCCCGUUUGUUUUUCUUAUCAUGGUAGUUCUUACAUUUUUGGUUCAUUAAAUUUUAUCAUUACUUUUUUUUUUUUUUUUUGUUCGAUUUCUUUUUUUUUUUUUUUUUUUUUUUUAUUCCGUUCUAGAGUUAAUUGAUAUGGUAGCCUUGUAAAAUGUCGAAAGCAGUGACGACUUGAUGAGGCUAGAUUUAUGAGAUUGCUGGAAUUGAAGAGGUUGUGGUUAAAAAUAAACUGUUUUGUUUCACUUGCAGGGUGUUGGUUCUCGAUAGCGGCUCCAUUGCUGAGUUUGAUUCCCCUUCAAACUUACUGAGUAGAAACGGACUUUUCGCGAAAUUGGUUCAAGAUGCCAGGCUUUCCUGAGGAUCUUGUGCAUGAGCAUUGGUUGUGUUUUCGAUUCCAGCCCAUUCCGACACGUGGUCCUACACGAGUACAUGUUGUACUGUUGUUGUGUCGUGUAGUUCCGACACGAGUACAUGUUGAACAUGAACACGCGAACAUUAAGUACAGGAGAUAUAAGCAUUUUUUUUCCCGCAUGUCUCAAGGGCACAACGCCUUGCCCCGGCCAGGACUAGAACCCGGGUCGUCCGACUCGGAGCCCAGUGCACUGACCACUGGACUACUGAACAAAGCCGUGGCGUUGGCGUGCCCGCGGUACAGUUGACCACGCAUGUUAAAAGUAGCACCUUGUACGGUCGUAUGGUCGUACAUCCAAACUUUUUUGGCUUGAUGGGUUACCACUAUUUUGUUUAAUUAUAGGGCUACGCUCUGUGAGCUCCGCUAUAAUCAAGGAAAGCGUUUUUCACGAGAUAAUAUAACCAAGGAAAGCGUUUUGUGAUGUCAUCAUCAUCAUCAUCAUCAUCUUUUAAUUGCCUUAUUUACACAAUACAAAAAAAUUAUUUACAGCGGCUACAGCUAGAAGGCGAGGAGACCCAGGAAGCCACCGGGCUUAUGAGAGAGCCACCUCGCUUACAUUAAUAAAUAAAGUAAAGAAAAAGUGCUGCGAAUGUGCGGCUAGGCCAAUUCCGUGAUUAUUUAAAUAAAAACUUUUGCAUUUUCGUCUUAAAACUAAGAAGGGUUGACGAACGAGUGACUGAAAAAGGAAGAGAGUUCCAAAUUUUAGGACCUUGGUAGAGAAUUGUAAAUUGCUUGAGAUUUGUACGGCACAAAUGCGUUCGAUAAUGACUACUUCGCGAAAAGUCCGUUUCUACUCAGUAUGUGUAUUUCCUUUGCCGUGUUCUCUCAGACCCUGAGCGUCAAUCCCUUUCACCGACGUAACCGAGGUGAAAGGCCCACAGAUUCGUAUGACUCCGGCGAAACGAAACGGAUGAGCGCAGCGAAAUUGAAGGGCUUAGAAAUAUAUAGUAACAUCACAUAGUAGUAGAUCUUUAUUUAAACUCGGUUAAGAAUCUUCA